UCAAAAUAUAAUUUUGAGGUUAAGUCGACAGAAACAUCAACAUUCUGAAUUUCUAUUUUGAGGAAUCUAUCAUUAGUGUGAUUAAUUAUUUGUUAUUGCGAAAAUCUUAUUCUCAUCGGGAUAAAGCAAUUUUUUCAUUAUUCAAAACAGGAAAUUCCCUAACUCUUCAAAAUGUCUUAUAUGUUAGCUCAUUUACACAACGGCUGGCAAGUGGAUCAGGCUAUAUUAUCUGAAGAAGAUAGAGUUGUGGUUAUUCGAUUUGGUCACGAUUGGGAUCCAUCAUGUAUGAAAAUGGAUGAAGUAUUGUAUAGUAUAGCUGACAAAGUUAAGAAUUUCGCCGUUAUUUAUUUGGUGGAUAUCACAGAAGUACCAGACUUCAACAAAAUGUACGAACUUUACGAUCCCUGCACCAUUAUGUUUUUCUUCAGAAACAAACAUAUAAUGAUUGAUUUGGGUACUGGUAACAACAACAAAAUAAACUGGCCAUUGGAAGAUAAACAAGAAAUGAUAGAUAUUUUAGAAACUGUUUAUAGAGGCGCUAGAAAAGGAAGAGGUUUAGUGGUUUCUCCAAAAGAUUACUCCACUAAAUACAGAUAUUGAAACUUCAUUUUUGUUGAAGAUAAUUUAUUGAGGACAAUUCUGAUAUUGGAAUCCAGAGGAAAUUACUUCAAUCUAGGAGUUAUUUGAAUUAAUUCUUGAGAAGAUGAUUGAUGUACAAAAUGAUAUCGAGAUUAUACUUUUUUUUUUCAA